ACAGCCGCGGAUCGAGAUGGCGGCGGCGGCGGCGAGGGACGGAGAGGCGGUGGCGGGCGACGGAGCCACGAAGCCGCUGUUUGCAGGUCUUGCAGAUGUGUCAAUAUCAGAAGAUAUCCCUGUAGAAGGGGAAAUUACUGUUCCUAUGGGCUCUAGUACUCCGGAUGAAGACUAUUCCACAUUAGAUGAACCAGUAAAAGAGACUGUCAUGCGGGAUUUGAAAGCAGUUGGAAAAAAAUUUGUCCAUGUCAUGUAUCCCAAAAAAAGCAGCGCCCUCCUCAAAGACUGGGAUUUAUGGGGUCCAUUAAUCCUGUGUGUUUUACUUGCACUAAUGCUUCAAGGAGGAGCGGCAGAUAGCACAGAGGACAGAGGGCCUCAGUUUGCAGAAGUCUUUGUUAUCAUCUGGUUUGGAGCAGUUGUCAUAACACUAAAUUCCAAGCUCCUGGGAGGAACCAUAUCUUUCUUCCAGAGCCUUUGUGUCCUGGGCUAUUGCAUCCUGCCACUCACCGUGGCUCUUUUGGUCUGCAGGCUUAUACUGCUAGCGAACAGUGGGACCGCCGGUUUCAUUGUGCGUCUUUUAGUCGUAAUAACAAUGUUUGGCUGGUCAACUCUAGCCUCUACGGCCUUCCUGGCAGACAGCCAACCCCCAAACCGCAAAGCUCUGGUCGUCUAUCCCAUUUUCCUUUUCUACUUCGUGAUCAGUUGGAUGAUCCUCACCUUCACACCGUAGCAGAGGCGCUCUCGGCAAAGACGAAUGAAGGUGUUUUGGUUGCUUUCCAAUGAAAAACAUCUCUCUGGGGGUGACCUGCCCGCCUCUUGCUCUGUUUCUGCCAAUAUUUAUAAUGAAUGUUCUGAAAAGGGCGGCAGGUUCCUCGCCUGAAGCCACAGAAGGCCUCCAGCUCCCUCCUUCCGGUUUCUUUGACGAGCACUACUGAUGCCUCCCCCUGUUGAGUUCUGUUUUCUACUGAUUCUGCGUGAGCCUCCAGUAAGAGAAAGGCUAGAUGCAAUCGUAUCUUGGGCCAUCAAGAUAGUUGACAAAAGAAAAUAUUGACCAUGUACAGUUACCGGAUUUAUCAGAAGGCCACCGGUCUUUAGGAGAACACCGUCUUACAGUUUCAAAACAUUUGAUUUCUUGGGAUGGGAAAUGUUAUCCAAUUUCACUUACUGCUCAAAAAUGAAAAGGAAAGGGUGCAAGAAAGAGGUGUCUCUUUUUUCAGUUUUUUUCAUCCGUUUUUAAUCGUUCAAAUUGGUGCACUUUCUUGGCUCCCUGCGCACGGUCUUGUGGAAGAAGACAAGAAUAAAGCCAUUUGGCCCAGAUCAGCCACAAGAGAUCUUGAAUCUCUCUUUAAUGCAGGAGGGGGGGGAAAUGAUUUGCACCAGAAUAAUCAGCAGCUAAGUGUAGAGAUGCUGAGUGAUUCUGGUAUGGGAGGUCUUGAUUCUGGAAACAUGAAGUUCAACUUCUGACCUCCCGCGUGGAGUCUGGUCAUCAGAAAGGAUUUCAGCAGCGUGUGUCUUGCGGGGAUGGUCGGUCUGACUUGGGAAAAGGGCUACGAGCUUUCUCUGUGAGUUCUGGCUUUUUAAUUACAAAAUGAGGAAACUUAUUUAUGUAGCAAGGUGUGGCACAAACUACUUCCUAGUUUCUGCACAUUCACAUCCAUUGUGAAGUCUCUGGGAGAAGCUGCUCUUGAAACGGAAUUCUUUGUUCUUGUCUAGCAAGAUGUAGGCGGUAGCUGACAGCUUAGUGAUACGCAGUUUAAUUCACACGAUGUGAUACCUUAUUUUGUAUUAUUAUAUUACCUGUUAAAUUAAUUUUUUUUUGUUGCACACUUGUCGGGGGUUUUGAAGAGUAAAAACUGUUCUAUAUAAUAUAUAAAUUGCUUCUUUGUGUUUCUUACUGAAAAUAUCUGCAGUUUUUUUUCUUUACUAUGGGUUUUACAGGCCCCUUUUUAUUUUUUCCUAAAAUUCCAGCUGUUGGUCUUUUGUUUCUCUCAAGUAAAUAAAGUCUGGGAUAAAUGAUUUUGUUUUCCUAGCUUUGUUUGCCAUCAAAUGUAGAAAAGAGCAAGUUGAUAUGGAAUAUUAUUUCGGUUCCAAUGUGAAGGUAUCUGUGGGGAGACCUCUUUAAGGUAUAUUUCUGCUUCUAACAACCUGAACUUAAGUAAUCUCUAUGUAAGGAAAGUUCUUUUUAAAAUACUUGCUGGAUCCUUUAAAAUUAAUCUUUAUGGUGAAACUUUAUUUCAUAUAUCAUUCUAAUUGGGCACGAAUGUGAAUUUUAUCCUUCUCUUAAUCAAUAUAUGUUAUUCCAGGUUUGGCCUGAAAAUAAAACUUUACAUGGUAAUUUAGAGGUGAGAUGGGCAACAUGUACAUUUAACAAAUAAACAGUUUUCUUUUGAAUCAGA